UGGCCACGAGGCACGAGGUGCUGGCCCUGGGGGGCUCCGAGCCCCGGGUGCUGCGGGGACCCCUCAAACACGUCCAGGGGCUCCAGGUGGGCGUGCAGGGGGGGUCCCUGUUCUGGGGGGACCCCAGCCAGGGGCUCAUCUACAGACUGGGGGUCCCGCCCCCACAUCGCCCGGGGGGGCCAGGACGGGACCCCCCCAGUCCCGCUCGUCACCGAGGGGGUGGAGAGGCCCCAGGGGCUGGCGCUGGACCAGUCCUCCCAGCGCCUGUACUGGGCCGACGGGCGCCUCCACAGCGUGUCCAGCGUGGCCCUGGACGGGAGCGGGCGCCGCACCCACCUGAGGGACCCCCAGCACCUGGGGCAGCCCCUGGGCCUGGCCGUGUUCCAGGGCUGGGCCGUCUGGACCGACCCCCCCCGUGGGGCCGUGGUUGCCGCCCGGCUCGGGGGGGGCUCCGAGGGGGGGUCCCCUCUGCCCCCCAGGGUGGUGGCCCAGGAGCUCUUCAGCCCCGAGGCCGUUGUGGUGCUGCACCCUGGGACACAGCCCCCAGGUCCGAACCGCUGUGAGGGUCGGGGGUCUCUGCUCCUUCCUCUGCCUCCCCUCCCCACCCGGGACCCCCGAGCCCCCGUUCCGCUGCGCCUGCCCCGACGGGAGCGCCUGGACAGCGAUGGAUUCACCUGUGUGACAGCCCCCAACACCCUCGACGGGGAGCGCCUGGACAGCGAUGGAUUCACCUGUGUGACAGACCCCCGGGAACUUCAGCGGGACCACCACGAACAGCUCAGCAGGGGAGGAGACAGACCCUCUGAGAGCCCCCAGACCUCCUGA